GCAAAAGCUUCACCGCUACUUUCAACCUGCUACGCCAAACAAAGACGAACAAAAAGCAAAAAAGUAUUUGAAAUCAAAAGGCAAUGGCCACAUUCGAACAAGCUCCGCCCGGAGAUUUGAAAUCCGGGGAGAAGAUCUUUAAGACUAAGUGCGCUCAGUGCCACACCGUCGAAAAAGGCGCCGGCCACAAGCAAGGGCCAAAUUUGAAUGGGCUUUUUGGGAGGCAAUCUGGUACAACACCAGGAUACUCCUACUCUGCUGCUAACAAAAAUAUGGCUGUAAUUUGGGAAGAGAAGACAUUGUAUGACUAUUUGCUUAAUCCCAAGAAGUAUAUUCCUGGGACGAAGAUGGUUUUCCCUGGAUUGAAGAAGCCGCAGGAUCGUGCCGACCUCAUUGCUUAUCUGAAAGAAUCGACUGCCUGAUUCAUUGCCCUUUUUUUUAUUAUAAUCUGUUUCGGAACCGAAACAAAAUGAAGAAUUUUGAUCAAUGAUUUAUUUUCCUUACAGGAAAGAAAAGAACCAAUGCAUUGUUAAAAUAAAGAAAACCUUCAAAACAACUCCAAGAUAAAUUUGGGUGUUGGAGUUGAUGAUUU